AUGAUGCCCAAAAAUUUUUCUUUCGCGAGACCUGUCAAGAGAGAAAAGCUAUCGAAUUAUGAGCUUGAACUGCUAGUUAACGAUUCUUUGACAAUACAUACCGAGAUUACUGUUAAGGACGAUGCCAGGACAAUUCUAAUAAAAAAUUUCUGCUCAUCAAAUUCUGCGAAUCAAUUAGCAAACGAUUUAGAACGUUUUUACCAAAGCAAGAUCAACACCGAUGUCACUUUUAUUGUUGGAGACAAAAAAUUCCAGGCUCACAAAACAAUCCUGAGUUCACGCAGUCCAGUUUUAGCAGCGAUGUUCACCCACGACAUGAUCGAGAAAAAAACUAGUCGAGUUUCGGUGAAAGACAUCACACCUGAAAUAUUUGAAAAAUUUUUGAAUUACAUGUACACUGACCGAGUAGCGAACUUGGACGUCGUGGCUUUAGACCUGCUGAAGGCUGCUGACAUGCACCAGCUUCAAUCUUUGAUUCAUUCGUAUACGAUUAUACGAAAGCAUCAAGUCUUUCAAGUUGAAAAAUUUUUUCGAAAUCAUCGUUACCGUGCGGAAACUCUGAAAGAACAUGCUAUCAAAUAUGUUGUCGACGGAAAGCGAGAUGUUAUCAAUACUGAUGGAUUCAAAAAGCUGGAAAAAAACAACCCGUCUUUGGCGUUGGAAUUACUCAAAAGAGUUAUGGAAACAAAAUGUAACUAUUCUGAAACAAUAAAAGUGAUAGAAACCAAAGUGCCGCAAAUAACAUCGCAUAUUUUGGCGUUCGAUAAAUCAGACUUUAUUUUUAAGUCAUCUGAAUUUUCCACCGGUGCUAAACUUGGAGAUCUGUGGGAAGCCUCUAUACGUAUAAACAAUUACUAUGCAUCUGAAUUGAAAGCUUUCAUAUCGGUUCACGUGCAAAACAUGAGUAAUCACGUAUUUACCGCGAGAGUGAAGUUUUUUAUAGUAAACUACAGACGGCAACAACUUUUAUUGAAUCAUUUGCAAUAUAAGUUUUCCCCUAAAGCGAUUAUCGGUUUCAAUGAAAUAAUCCCUAAAAGAUGGUUGCUGGGAAAUAAGUUAGAGUUUUUACCCGAAGAUACUUUAACUUUAGACAUCGUAGUUAGUGUUACCGAUUAUAACGACGACCUUGGUGUGUUAACAAUAAAAAGUGAAAAUUUAAGUGAGAGUUCAGAAGAAAAUUCAAUUGAUAUUAAAAGUCCAAAGUUCUACAAUUCGUCAAAAACUUCAUUAGCCGACGAUUUGGAACGAUUAUACUGGAGUAAAGACGACACCGAUAUUACUAUUGUUGUCGAGGGCCGAAGAUUUCCAGCUCACAAAAUUUUCCUCAAAAUGCGCAGUCAAUUUCUAGCAGAACUGCUCAGCCAGGACACAACUAAGAAGGAUUUAUUGCUAGAAGAUAUUAAAUCCACGAUUUUUGAAAAAGUAUUGAAAUUUAUUUACACUGAUCGAGCUGAUAACCUGGGUGAUGCUGCUGCUCAAGUGUUGGAGGCUGCUGACAAGUUUCAACUUGAAACUUUAAAAACAAUUUGCGAGGAGUCACUCAGUAGGUCUUUAAAUCGUGAAAACUUUAUUGAAAUAAUAAGUUUAGCGGAUCGCCAUUUUGCUAUAAAUUUGAAGAAUUACGCCUUGGAGUUUUUUGGAGCCAUAUCAGAAGAUAUUGUUAAUAGUUACGAGUUCAUGAAAUUGGAAAACACUAACUCGUACUUAGCGUUGGAGUUGUUUAAAAAGUUUCAUAUUUUUAAAAUAAACAGUCUAAAAAUAAACUCAGGUGAGGGAAAUUCUGCUUAA